AAACAAAGACCGAAAGCGGGUGAUUGAUCAUUAAGCUGCCAUAAACUUAAUUUAAAAUACUUUUGAAGCCAUUUUUAGGUACUACAAACGCCCAGCAUCUGAAGCAAGACGUCUCUACAGCCAUGGAAAACGCAUUGUUGAUGCGAGUGAGUGUUUUCUCCGACCAGGGAGGAAGGAAAUACAUGGAGGAUGUUACCGAGGUUGUAAUGGAGCCCGAGCCGGGGGAAGACGAGCUGAACUCGGACGAACAAGACGAGACCAAAGGGAAUAGCUCGACGGUCCACAUUGUGCCGGAAAAGCCUGAAAACGAGCAGCAAGAUCGGACUGCACACAACGCACUGAACGAUCCUCGAUCUGCCUCUACUAAAGUUGCAUGGACACAAAAUGGGGACCAAAGUUGUGCAGCCGCGGCACUGGCAGUAUCGAAAGUGGAGAGUUUACCGGCUGCGAUCAAGAGCGAUAACCACCCCCAGCGCUCAGUGGCUUUCUUCGCGGUGUUUGAUGGCCACGGAGGCCGCGAGGCAGCGCAAUUCGCACGGGACUAUUUGUGGGAAUUCAUCAAGAAACAGCGGGGCUUUUGGUCCAAGGAUGACGAGGAAGUGUGUGCAGCUAUUCGGAAAGGUUUCGUUGCCUGCCACCAUGCAAUGUGGAAAAAACUACCCGAAUGGCCCAAGACUUUCACGGGGCUUCCCAGCACCUCAGGCACCACGGCCAGUGUAGUGGUCAUCCGGGGGGACCGCAUGUACGUGGCCCACGUAGGAGACUCUGCCAUAGUGCUAGGGGUUCAGGACGAUCCCACUGACCAGUUCAUCAGGGCCGUGGAGGUCACACAGGACCACAAGCCUGAGCUGCCUAAGGAGAGAGAGCGCAUCGAAGGGCUGGGGGGCAGUGUGAUAAAGAAGUCUGGGGUGAACCGGGUGGUGUGGAAGAGACCCAGGCUGACUCACAACGGGCCCGUCCGGAGGAGCACUGUCAUAGACCAGAUCCCUUUCCUGGCUGUGGCCAGAGCUCUUGGGGACCUGUGGAGCUAUGACUUCUACAGCGGAGAGUUUGUGGUGUCCCCGGAGCCAGACACCUGUGUGCUGACCCUUGACCCCAACAAACACCGUUACAUCAUCCUGGGCAGUGACGGGCUGUGGAACAUGGUGCCCCCGGACGCCGUCUCCAUGUGCCAGGACAACGAUGAGGCCAUGGUGAGUUGUGGCGCCAUGCGGGUGUCCAGCGCUCGCCAGCUGGUGAGCCAUGCCCUCCUGAGGUGGCGCCAGAGGAUGCUGCGUGCGGACACGUCGGCCAUCGUGAUCGCCCUGCAGGAGCCCGGUGUCCCCAAGCCGCUCCACCAUGAGGAGGUGCUGCUCAACCUGGCCGAGGGACAGCACUGUGGCCCCACAUCGGGCUCCCGCUCCAACACACCACUCAUCAAGGUUCCAGACAUGGACCUGCCGUCUGCUGUGUGUGAGCUCCUCCCGACCCUGGAGAGACGAAACGGCCUAUCAGGGAGCAGCCUGUACGCCCUGGCCCUAUCAGAUCCUUUCGGCCCGCCUCUCUCCGACUCGGACGACGACUCCCGCACUGGGUUUCCCUCGACGACCGACAGCCCCGCACUGGGGGAGGAGCUUAGUGAUGUCACCGCCAGGACGCCCGGCGCCAAACGGACGCUGGAUGAGACGUCGCCCAACCCCGUCCCGUCCGCCAAGAGGACCCGGAGGAAGAAUGGCGAGAGAACGCCGGCGGGGGCAAAAGACAGUGGAGGAAAGGACCAGAAACAGUCUCCGACUCCGCCCCCCACCAACGUGUCCCCAGCGCUACUCCGGCAGCAACACGCAAGACCACAUGAGAUCAGAUGA